AUGGCCGACGACGAUUCUUCGGAUCUGUCUUCGAUUUCGUCAUUGUCGGCGCCUCCUUCUGAGGACGAGUCGGACAUCCAAUUGACGCACCAGCACGGCAUUCUCAAGUUCUUCCACAAAGUCGGCAAAAAGCCAGCCCAGGAGCCCAAGGACGCGACACCCCCCAGGCCCCGGCGGGAGCCCUCCCCGCCCCACGAAUAUGUCCUAGCCGACAAUCCAGACAUUGCUUUUAUCGUCAUGUUUCGCCGCCGAUUCACCGACGCAUUUCCGAAAAGCCUUCCAAAUUUUGGCCCGCAAGAAUUAGAGCGCGAUGUCGUCGAGUCACUGCCGGGCGAGCGCGUUGAGCACUUCCUCUGCGCCCUAUUAGGCCUGCUGCUGAACCGCAAGCAAGACGUAAAGCCAGGACACUACAAUCGCGCCCUAGAAGAAGCCAUCCAGACGCACAAGGGGCAAUGGACCAAGGAUUGGGAGAGCCAGAAUCCGUUGUCCAAUUCCGCCACAUUUGCCUCCAUGACCCCAGUCCAACGGCUUACUCUCUUGCGCACCCUCGUCCACUGGGCGCUGUCGUCCUCGGAUGCGAUCAAGACGACCAUCAACCAGCAUUACAAGAACCGCCAAGAUGACGACAUACACAACCCCCUCAGCGUCCAGCCUUACGGUAGCGAUGGCGACAAGCGGCGGUACUUUUUGAUUGAAGGCUCGGACGAUAUGGCUUUCCGCAUGUAUCGAGAAAGCAACCCCGCCGGGAUUAACAGGACCUGGUGGAGCGUUGCCGGCAGUAUCGACGAGCUCAAGGCGCUCAGCGAGAAGCUGGAGAAAGUUGAUGGCGGCCCUAAGGCUCGGGCCCUGACGAGGAAGAUUAUUGAAGAGAUCCCCAGGUUCGAGGCCACAGAGGAGAAGCGCCGUCGCAGAGAGUACCGACAGAUGCGCAAGGAGCAGUUCAAGCGCCCAGAGGUCGGCUUGUCCCUGUAUGAGGGCCGCACCAGGGGCAAGCGUAUGAAGUACACGUAUUCCGAUGACGAGGCCGACUUCUACACGGACUCGACCAACCGGCGGUCCACGCGCAAUACCAGACACCACACGCCUGCCGAGCCGAGCGGCCCGCUUACGACGGCCAGCGGACGUCAGAUCAGAGCUCCAACACGCCUCAACGCCGAAAAUGCCAGCAGCGGAGCCCCAAGUGCGGCACCUAGUGUUCAAGGCGACAACUAUGCCGAAGAUAGCGAAAUGAACCAGGACGAGCCUGUAAGCCGCAUCUCGGGCCGUCGAGGACGUCCUCGACGGUCGGCUGCUGUUAACCAUGGCAUGAAUGGUUGGGCACAGACCAAGAGCAAGAAGCGGAAGAGCGAUGAGUACGAGUCUGACGAGGAGGAAGAGAGCACCUCCCUCGACAUUAACGAUGACGAGGACGAGCAUAUUCCCGACGAGUCAGAUGAAGAGGAAGAAUAUUUUGAUGCCGAGGCGAUGGACGAUGAUCUCGACGAGGCCCCAGGCAGUUCUACUCUGGUCUUCAAGUUUCCAGUCAGGGUCGCCUUUGAUGAGGAUAGCAAGGUGCAGCGGGUUCCUGGCCCGCCUGUUGUUGUUGAGAAACGCAAGCGUCCCAGGGCUGCCCACCGGAACCUAAUUAUCAGCGACGAAUCCGAGUCCGUCGGAUCAACAGACGCGCCGGAUGACGACGAGCCCGACUUUGUACCGCAGCCAGAGGAGCCCGCGGCUGAGGUCAUUGCCGUCGCCAUCAAGCGUGUCACACCCGACUCGGCCGAGAAGACGGCAGGUCGUCCAACAGCAGGCACGCCUGUGAAGUCGCCUCUGACCCCAUCAAGCGGGCCUCCUACUGCGUUGGCUUUUAGAGGAAGCCCAGAGAAACCCCAACACGUCCCAGCAACCGUCGACGUAGGCUACGCCGAGUAG